CUCGCUCCAAUGUGCUGCAUAUCGCGCGGAGCCGCUGCUCCAUUUCGGAACUUGUGCUGUGUCCGCGCGUGCGGCGCUUUUCACAACAAGCGAGUUGGUGGGAGAUUUUUUUUUGUGUGUGUAGCUCGUUUACCGAAAUUCUGAAUAAAAGCCGAGUUGUGAGGUGUUCGUGGACGUUUGUAAGAGUUUAACGUGUAGUUAAGAAGACUUGGAGUGGCGUGGAGAGGAGAAGGUGAGAGUGUUUUGGUUAACUAGCCAAACAAACCAAACAAACUUUAAGACUGUUUUUAUUUUUGUUUUUCUCAAGAGGACAAUUUCAGACAAGGGAAUACACGAAAUACGGAGUCGCUUCAUCACAAGGGGAAAAAUUACACGUUUUCCUUUUUUUGGGUUCAUUCAGAAAAAAAAAGAUUUUUUUUAACCCAAAACUGAACACGUUUUUAUUUCACUUUGGAUUUGUUUACGUCGUUAGUUGAGCCGAGUUACUGUAGGUUAUAGUGUUGUUUGUAGAACAGACUCCGCGUUCAGAUUGUAAAAAGGUUGAAAUUCGGUGUGAAAAGGAUUUUUUUGAGCUGUUGCUGCUGCAGAAAGUUGUCAGGAAAAAGGUGUGAAACAUGCCGCAGCUGGCGGGUGGUGGAGGCGGUGGAGACCCGGAGCUCUGCGCCACAGACGAGAUGAUCCCGUUCAAGGACGAAGGAGACCCACAGAAAGAGCAGAACUUCGCAGAAAUCACCAACUCUGAAGAAGAAGGAGACCUGGCUGAGCUCAAAUCAUCUCUGGUCAAUGAGAGUGAAACGAGUCCGAACAGCAACAGCCAUGAUGUGAGUCCUCAGAUUCACAACUCCACCAAACUCUCACAUCAUCUCCUCACUAAUGAAUACAAACAUGCAGCUAGACAGUCCCAAAUAACCCCAGACUCCUAUCAUGAAAAACACAGAGAACAUCCGGAUGAUGGAAAGCUCCAAGAUCUGUACAGUAAAGGGCAUGCCUACUCUGGUUACCCAAGUUACAUCAUGAUGACCAACAUGAACAACGAACCCUACAUGAACAACGGCUCCCUCUCGCCUCCUAUGCCCAGAACGUCAAAUAAGGUUCCUGUGGUGCAGCCGUCCCAUGCAGUUCACCCCCUCACACCUCUGAUCACCUAUAGCGAUGAGCACUUCGCUGUUGGCCCUCAUUCCGCACACCACCCACAGGACUCCAAAGGAAUGCCUAGGCAUCAUCCCGGUCCAGAUAUUCCUAACUUUUACUCACUUUCCCCUGGAGGAGUUGGACAGAUCACCCCACCAUUGGGCUGGUUCCCACAUCACAUGGUUCCAGGACCUCCCGGACCUCAUGCCACGGGAAUCCCCCACCCUGCCAUUGUCAACCCACAAGUCAAACAUGAGCCUCCACAUGAGACGGACCUUAUGCACAUGAAGUCUCAGCACGACCAGCGAAAGGAACAGGAGCCCAAGAAACCUCACAUCAAGAAGCCUCUCAACGCCUUCAUGCUUUACAUGAAAGAAAUGCGUGCCAACGUGGUGGCUGAGUGCACACUGAAGGAGAGUGCUGCCAUUAACCAGAUUCUAGGCAGAAGGUGGCAUGCUUUAUCUCGGGAAGAGCAAGCAAAGUAUUAUGAAUUAGCCCGCAAGGAACGGCAGCUCCACAUGCAGUUAUACCCAGGCUGGUCUGCCAGAGACAAUUACGGAAAGAAGAAGAAAAGAAAGAGGGAGAAGCUCCAGGAAUCAGCCUCAGACUUCCAUUUUCUGCAGGUACAGCCCAGAGAAUGAAAACGGCGUACAUCUGAGCAAUGGAGGAAAACGAACUGCUUUCUCCUCAUGCAAAGCGAAGCCAGCAGCUGCGGGGGCCCUUUUGGAGAUGGAAGCCUGUUAGAUGACCUCUGACCCCUUCUGCAACCUCUUGACUCCCCCCUGCUGACCUCUUCGAGGGCUCCAGCUCUUGAGUUCGCUCCUCUGCUGUAGAGACACUGAACUGAAACCACAGACAAUCGCUUCCUGCCUAGACCUGCUACUAUUUUACACACACACAUACUUAGCCCUUCAUAGUUCCGAGUACACACACACAUACACACACAGUUUGUUUGGGGUUCACUUUCAUUUUAGCUUAUUUCUCCCAAAGUCCAAGUUAUUGCACUGAUCAUGUCUUCAUCCAAACGCACAGAAUUACCACACACACGUGCAGAGAGGCAAGAAAUCAAUCACACACCUGUCCCUAAGUUAUUUUAAAUUAUUUGGCACCCCUGUUUUUCUGUAUGUACAGUUCAUCCCGUGCACAGUCUCACUUUUCACCCGAUGAUGUAGCAUUUCAGGGCCCAGUUUUCAGGAGCGUUCUCUUCGGGCAUCGGAUCAUUUAUUCCCGGCUUGAAAACUCUCAAGACUAUUUCAUAUUUCAACCAGUGGGUGCAACAUAAAAAAACAAAAAGUAUCAAAGUUUUGGCUUUUAUGGGUUGAAGUUCUUGAUUUUGCAUUUUUAAAAAAAUAUUAAUUUCAUCUCUUGGUGUAUAUUUUAAAUCAUUUUGUUUUUUAUCUUUAUUUUUUUUUAUAUAUAUAUAUAUAUACUGCUGUGUGUGUGUAUAUAUAUAUAUAUAUAAAUAUAUAUAUAUAAAAGAGAAUAAGCUUCACGAUAGGAAAGCCGUUCUGUUUUUCAUGCAGAAAUGACCUGCUUUCAUUUGAGAACUGUAACUAAUGAUGACCUUCCAGUGCUCAGAUUUAAGUAAUGCUCAGUAUGUGUACUUUUUAAUGAAAAAUCUCCAGAUAUGUCUCUUGGUGGUAUUUUUGCAGGCAGCGUUAGGACAUGCGUGUUCGAGUGGGUACUCAGAGGCCUAUAUUUUAUUGUUCUGAACAGACAAAUGAAGCAGAUAUAUAUAUUUACCCCAGCACUUGCCGGUCUCUUUUAUUGCGAUGUUCCUCUGUUUCCUCUCUAUCUGCUAGAUAAUAGUGGUCUUUUUGCCAUGUUGUUUAUUACAUGCAAGCAUUUCUGUAACAUUUGAUUUUUAUAUUCUAUUCUUUAGUAUUAUUGGAUAUGUUUUUCUUUUUUUUUUUUGUUAAAUAUUUUUUUAAAUUCGUUGUCAUUUCGAUUCACUGUCAUCUUGGUUUAGCACUUUGCUUCCAAGUGGUCACAUUUGAACUGUGUUUCUACAUGCCUUUUUUAAAAAAACCAAAAAAAGACAAAAAAAUAAAUCAGCAUCUUUGACUGA